AUGCAUCCAAAGCUCCAGCUCCAAUCAUUGUGCAACUUCACAUAUGAACAGUUGGAAUACCUCGCUGACAUUAUUGAAUCCAACUGUGGAAGGGCCAGAAGAGGAAGGAAGGUCAAAUUUUCAACAAUCGAGUCUCUCUUCCUCACGCUCACAUAUUACUGCACAUACUUGCCCUAUUCAGCAUUAUGUCCGUUGCUACAUAUUUCCCAGUCAUGCUAUUCCAAAUUAGUUACAAGAACUACCAAUGUUGCAUUUCCAAUCUUUGCGAGCUAUUUUCUUCCCAAUCACUGUCCACCGUUAACUUCAAUGAAGAACAAAUUUACAAACUUCCCUGAUGCUGUUGCAGCUGUAGACAGCACUACAAUUCCUUUCAACAUUCCUUCGGUAAAGGAAGAGAGGCUUUAUAGUUGGGAUGAAAAAAAACCACUUCAACGGUAUUAA